CCCUGCCUGUUCUGCAGGAGACUGCCCCAGUGCCAGCCGGGCUGGGAGCUGGGCAGGAGAGGACUGGUGAAUUUCGAGUUUGAGUGCAAACCCUGCAGGAACGGCACCUACUCCAGCAGCAGGAACAGCUGGUGCCGCAACUGGACCGAGUACGGGGGCAAUAACCAAUAAUCACUGGUCAAUAACUCACCAUGUCUGCUAGGAACGGGACUUCCUGCUUUGAAAACAGAAAUAAUAAUGUUAAUAAUGAGGAUAAGAAUGGACUGAGCAGGGGUUUAUUGAUAUUCCCCUUAUCUGGGGGGGAAAAAAAUAGACUGGGUUUUUUUCUCCCCCACUUUGAAAUUAGGGAAUAAAAAUAAGAAUAAUAGAAUAAUAAUAGUAAUAAUAAUAUAAUAUAAAUUCAUAUUGAAAUAUCAAUGAAGAUGUUUGAUACUGCCAUUAGAAAAUCAAAUUGAAUCCAAGAUGGUGAUCAUGUGAUUAAUUGAUGAAUUUUUAAAUUAAGCAACACCUAGCAUUUCUCUUCUUAGUCUCAAGGCAGAGCUUAAGCCAAACUCCCAGUUUAAAGUCAGGCUUUAGAUGCUGGAAAAAAUAUCCCCAACAGGGAAAUCCAUGGAAAAACAACCGGGAAAGUUUGGGGAAGAGCCCGAAUCUGCCUGCACUGCCCCGGGAGGGGAGGGGAGGGAGGCGGAAAUGGGGAAUCUCCGGAGCCCAAUUCCCUUUGGGUGCUUUGUCCUCGGCAGCUGCGAGAGCAGCGGCUUCGUCACCCUGCGGGAGGGGAACAGCACCCACAACGCGGUGUGCAGCCUGCCGGCCAGAGCCCCGGAGCCAGCGCGGGUUGUGCCGGGGCUCCCGUCCAGCGCGGUCCUGGCCGUCCUGGCGGCCGUGGCGCUCUUCGUGCUGGUGCUGCUCUCGUUCCUGCUGCACUUCUGCAUCUGGAGCCUGCGCGGCCGCGGCCACGGGCACGGGCACGGGCACGGGCACAGCAAGCUGCGGCACGGCGGCGCGGAUUCCCUCCCCACCUUCCCGCGGCUGCUGCUCCAGGGGGAGGAAUCCUACAGCAUCCAGUUCCCGGAGGAGGAGCACGGCGACAAGAGCGAGGACAAGGACAGGGACAAGGAGAGGGUGAACAUCCCGAUGUCAGCCCCGGUUCCCUGCCAGCUCCAUCCCGUGGCCGGGCCUGCCGGGGGCCCCCUUUGACCAUCGUUACCAGACAGUGUUAGAGCUCGGCACCAUCCAGCACUGCCCGGGCCAGCAGCAAACCCGGAUUUGGAAUCGUCACUUUUACUCGAAAACUGGGAGAUCCUCCCUUAAAUCUCAAUAUUCUGAAAUCCAGGAAUAUUGGAAGAGCCCCCUUCAACUCCGUGCUCGUUCCUAUCGAUUCUAUUGGGAUUUUUUGGGAUUUUUAUGGGAUUUCCCUUUUCUCCCCACCUUUCCUGGCACCUGGCUGCGCUCAGCUUCCCCCCUCGUCUCCCUCCUCCCGGCAGCCCUGGAUCUGCCCUGACUGGUUGGACUGGUUGUAAAAUGAACGUUUGGAUUCAUGCGCUGCCCUCCCCUCCCCCAGUGCACACAAAACCUGAUCUGUCCAACAAAACCCUCUCGAAUCCACCUGGGGGGAGAAGGAGGAAGAGAAAAGAGGGCGGAAUCCCGCAGAAAGUGAAGCGGGGAGAGGGAAGACCCAUGGAAAAGUAGGAAAGGCCCUCCAAGAAGUCGUUCUCGCGCUCCCUAAAUCCCAUUUUUUUUCCCUCCCCGCUCUACCUGGAAACUUUGGAUCUUACCAGGACCAGCACAAAAUCCAGGGAAAACUUCAGUGCUGGGAGCUUCUCCCACAGCCAGGUCAGCCUUCAGGCGGGGAAGGAAUUUUGGGAGGAUGAGGAGCCAGGAGAGUUUUUCCUCUUCCGCGUCCUGGAAAAGGCGACCUUGGAUUUCGCGGGGAAAUCGGCGCCGGAGCAAACGGUGGCAAAACCACAGCCAGACCUGGAAAAACAACACCUCUACACCUCGUUAGGCUGCUGAAACUGAGCUUAAAAAAAUAAAUAAAAUCAAAUAAAACCCAGCUUAAAAGGGCAAAAAAAGCAGGCCGGGAAGGGCCGGGCCGAGCGCGGCGGCGCGGAGGA